GUCUGAGGUUGCCAUAGCUACGGUGUACACGGCUACCAAGCCUCCCAUAGCUGGUUUUCUGCUGGCGGGAGGAAGACGGCAGCACCAUGAGCCAGACAGUGACCAUUCAGGAGCCCAGGACUAACGUUCCGGGGUUUCUGUUCCAGUGCAGAGAUGUGUUGAGGGCCAAGGGCAGAUCGGCCACUCGAGUGUACGAUUUCCUGUACGACCCGUUAUUUAUUGUGUCGAGCGAACGAGACCAUGCACAGGCCAACAUCCAAGCCACCCUGGUUCGAAGCAGACUGAAAAAAGUCCCCAACUUUCGGUCCAUGUUCAGUAACCUGUUUCAUCAUCCAAGAUACUCUAUGUACUGGAGCAAGUCAGACCCUGUCCCACCUCACGUCUCUCGAGAAUGGAGGGGACAAGAAGCCAAACACAAAGAAGUUCUCCGGCUUCGUGCUGCAGUGGAUGCCUCUUUCCAGAAGCCCGAGGAAAAGUAUGAAGAUGCGGAUGUCUCUGGAAAGAACCGCUAUAAGUUCUUCGACAGGCCCUUCCUGCCUUUUCUUCAGCCGUUGCCGCUCAAUGUCGUUUUAUCAACAGCCAAGACAGGACCACUUCUUCUCUCUCCUGAAUCUUCCAAGUACUCAAUCAUGCCUACCAAGUCCACUGUGGGCACUCAGACUGACUACCGGGACGCAGACAUUCAAACAGACCCAUACUCUCCAGAAUACGUUGUGUGUCAAGACACCAUUCCUGAGCUCUUGACCCUGGCUAACCUGACCUGGGGCCGAGGUCUCCCAGCAGGACUGGCUGAAGUGGAAAUGAUAGAGCGUGCCCGGGAGAAGCGAGCUUGGGAAGCCACUCUGCCCCCACUGAGUGACAGCUUGCAGGCUGAGAAGAGGAGGAAGAUGAUGAACGCCAUGGAGAGGAAGGAGUGGGCCUUCAGAGAAGGGGAGAUCGAAAAACUGCAGGAACUGCGCCUGGAGGUCUUGAAACAGUUGCUGAAGAGGCGUGAGGAGAACCAGAAUGAGAUGGACAUGAGGCACCUGAACAACCAGUGGUGUGAACUGCAGGAAAAGAAGGAGGCCAAAGUAUCGCAGAUCCAUCACAGACAUGUAUCAAACAUCAGGAAACUCGUGGGCAAAGGGAAGAACAUAGAAGGGAAGCUGCAACGCAGAGACAUCAUCAGGGACUAUUCCAACUUCGCAUCUCAGGUCUACGGACCUCUGUCUCGCCUUGGCCGUUUCCCAGACAACAACUCAGAGGACUUCGUCGUCAGAAACCACUAUCUCAACACCUAUGAAGGAUUAAUGGAACUUGAAUCGUCCCUUCCUGAUUUUGUGACGCAGCCGAGGAUCCAGGCUCCGAAGCCUAAAGUCAUUACCACCAAGGCCGGCUUCCUGAAGAGGAUGGCCAGGACUGACUACGAGUUGGCAGAGAUUCACAAGGCACUGUUGGAUAAGAAGAAUAAAGGUCCAGAAGGACCGAAACCUCUGCGAUUCCUGCAAAAAAAUCCCAUCCCUCAGCCUCGGCUUCCAACCCCCUCUUUGGAGAUGACUUCCUAUGAAGAAGGAGAAAUAGAAAUGGCUAUCAUCUACUUGCAGAAGUUACUCCGGGGCAGAGUCGUGCAGAACAUGAUGUUUGAGGGUAAGGAGAAGCGACUGGAGUUGAUCAUGGAAUUGCGCACCAGCCACGCCCUGCAGGAGGAUGACAAGCUAGUGAAGAAAGCAGAGAAGCAAGUGACCCUGGCUCUACAGCGGCAGAGGAACCUGCACGAGGACAAGUUGUCAGUGAUUGAAAACCACUUGGGUGACCUGGAAGGAAGAGUGCUAGCGGAUAUGUUCGACUUCCUGUCCAAAGAGCUGGUGAGGCUGCAGGAGGAGAGGAGGAUCCACGCCUUCGCCAUGCUGGCCGAGCGCCAACGGCGCAUGCGAGAGGCAGAAGAGAGCGGUCGGCGCCAAGUGGAGCAAAGGCGCCUGAAGCAAGAGGACCAGAUAUUUAUGGAGGUGAUUAAAGUACACCAAAGUACGGUGACCUCCUACCUGGAAGACAUUAUACUGACCACUGAAGAGAGAACUGCAGAGGAGCAAGCCAGGGAAGAAAUUGAGAAGAUCGCCCAGGAGAUCAACAAUAUCGCUUAUGAAAUGGAGAACCGCCGAACGAAUCUUCAGUCAGAGGAGAUUGUUGCCGAGCUGGUUUACAGUUUUCUCAUCCCAGAGGUACAAAAAGACUUUGUCAAAGAGAAAGUGAGGAACGCACAGCGGAAGCACAUUCUAGCAGCCCAUCAGAUCAUUCACAGCAACACGGAAUCCAUGCUCCACCAACACGCCAUUGAGGAAGAGCAGAGGUCGUUCCUUGAGCAGACUGAGACCUCAAACUCUGACGUGCCAACUCUCUCAGUCUCUGAUGCGCCAACUCUCUCAAUCUCUGACGCGCCAACUCUCUCAGUCUCUGACGCGCCAACUCUCUCAGUCUCUGACGCGCCAACUCUCUCAGUCUCUGAUGCCCCAACUCUCUCAGUCUCUGACAUGCCAGCUCUCACAGUCUCUGAUGCACCACCUAUCUCAGUCUCUGAUGAGCCUCCUCCCUCAGUCUCUGAUAAGCCUCCUCCCUCAGUCUCUGAUGAGCCUCCUCCCCCAGUCUCUGUUGAGCCUCCUCCCCCAGUCUCUGAUGAGCCUCCUCCCUCAGUCUCUGAUGAGCCUCCUCCCCCAGUCUCUGAUGAGCCUCCUCCCCCAGUCUCUGAUGAGCCUCCUCCCUCAGUCUCUGAUGAGCCUCCUCCCCCAGUCUCUGAUGAGCCUCCUCCCUCAGUCUCUGAUGAGCCUCCUCCCUCAGUCUCUGAUGAGCCUCCUCCCCCAGUCUCUGAUGAGCCUCCUCCCCCAGUCUCUGAUGAGCCUCCUCCCUCAGUCUCUGAUGAGCCUCCUCCCCCAGUCUCUGAUGAGCCUCCUCCCUCAGUCUCUGAUGAGCCUCCUCUCCCAGUCUCUGAUGAGCCUCCUCCCUCAGUCUCUGAUGAGCCUCCUCCCUCAGUCUCUGAUGAGCCUCCUCCCCCAGUCUCUGAUGAGCCUCCUCCCCCAGUCUCUGAUGAGCCACCUAUCUCAGCCUCUGAUUCGGAAACUGUGAAACAUACUCAAGAUGAGGAAGAAGGCUAGGUGAGUCUACCUUUCCACCUGGAAGAAAGUCCUGGAGGAGGACGCGCAGUUCCAUUCAGCUUUGGGCACAACUUCAACCAAGUGUGACAUGAGUGGACUGUCACUAAAAACAAAAAACAAACAAAAGCGAAACAAAAAUGAAGCACUUUCAUCAAAACUGACUCACCUCAUCUAGGUUAGGGUACCAAUUGUUGAGUUUAUUAGACAGAGUUGGCUCUAUAGCAACUGAAUUCUUGCAAUCUAAAAAACAAAAACAAGACCGUAGGUUAUUUUUGGGGAGGUCAUUUUAGCCUACAAUGUACUCCAUCACAAAUAAAGCAUCAUGGAUGUGUGGA